UCUGGUGAGUCUUUGCAGGAAAGCAACUACGAAUCCACUCCAGAGUAUUACUACAAUGAAACCGAAUCCUUCUGCGUGAAGACCAGCGUCAGAGAGUUCGCCAGCUACUUCCUUCCACCUCUUUACUGGCUUGUGUUUGUGGUGGGUGCUUUAGGCAACAGUCUAGUCAUCACGGUGUACUGGUACUGCACGAGAGUGAAGACCAUGACUGACAUGUUCCUGCUGAACCUGGCGAUUGCUGACCUCCUCUUCCUCCUCACCCUGCCCUUCUGGGCCAUUGCGGCUUCUGACCAGUGGAAAUUCGAGACUGUAAUGUGCAAGUUGGUCAAUGCCAUAUACAAGAUGAACUUUUAUAGCUCCAUGCUGCUCAUCAUGUGUAUCAGUAUCGAUAGGUAUAUUGUGAUUGCCCAGGCCAUGAAAGCCCAUCACUGGAGGCAGAAGAGGCUUCUUUAUAGCAAAAUGGUGUGUUUUGCCAUCUGGGUGAUGGCCAUCACACUGUGUAUCCCAGAAAUUCUGUAUAGCCAAAGUGAGACAAAAUCUGACAUCACCAUCUGCACGAUGGUCUACAAUGGCAGCGCCAUGCUCAAGUCCACCGUUUUGAUGCUAAAGGUUAUUCUGGGUUUCUUUCUCCCACUCAUUGUCAUGGCUUGCUGUUAUGCCAUUAUCAUUUACACCCUGCUUCAAGCCAAGAAGUCAUCUAAACACAAAGCCUUAAAAGUGACCAUCUCGGUCCUCACGGUCUUUGUCUUAUCUCAAUUUCCCUACAACGUCAUUCUAUUUGUGCAGGCCAUUGAUGCCUACAUAGUGUUAAUUUCUGACUGUGCCCUUUCCACUCGCAUUGACAUCUGUUUCCAGGUUACUCAGACCAUUGCAUUCUUCCAUAGCUGCCUGAACCCGGUUCUUUAUGUUUUUGUGGGGGAGAGAUUCCGCCGGGAUCUUGUAAAAACCCUGAAGAAACUGGGAUGCAUCAGUCAAGCCCAGUGGGUCUCCUUUACCAGGAGAGAAGGGAGCCUAAAGCUGUCAUCCAUGUUGGAGACAACAUCUGGAGCCCUCUCUUUAUAAGGGAUCAUCUCCCUCAGAGGUAGAUAACCCGUUGUACCCUACCUCUACCAUUUGACUGGCCCAAGGGGCAACAAAAGGGAAGAAAAAGAAAAAGAUCAAAAAGAAGGGGGAGAAACACAAGCCUCCAUUUACAAGAAAUUAAAAGACUUCCAUGGUCCUCUAUGCCUUGACCCAAGGGUUAUAGAGGAGAAAUGAGAGUACCAGACAAUGAUGAUUGACUGAUUCAUGAUGUUAACCAUUGUAGUUCCCAUGAAGGAUUCACACUGGUCUUUUUGAAUUGAAACUUGGCACACUCAACCUCUGACUAUAAAAUUAAUUCAGGCAUUAAAGCAUUUGAUCACUGAUCACUACCAUAGCACAAAAUGAUGUGCUUAAGGGAACCCAAAGUUUAAUACCAACGUAUUUGCCUUGGAAUUCUCUAUUCCUUUUAUCCCCAACUGUUCUGGUCUAGAAUCAGUACAAAUCUGCCUAUUUCUUGACCUAAGUCCUUUCCUUGUAUUGUAUCCCUUUCUGGUCUUCAUAUCCUGUCCUGGACCAGUCAGAGAUAUAUUUCUUCUGUGGCAUUUUCCAAUCAUUAUUUGGAUAAUUUGGAUAAAGAGACUUUGGAUAAGUAAUUUCCCUUCUCUGGACCAACCAUAGCUUCUUUGAGUGUAAAAUAAGGGGGUGGGGAGAGAAGAACCUUCUGUAAAAUAAGGCGGGGAAAGGUCUAGAUGACUUUUAGAGUCCUUUCAAGCACUAAAUCUAUGAUUCCAUGAUCCUGUAUUGACCCCACCCAUGAGAUUUCAUGACUGAACAGCAAGAAUCCAAGCACUGAAUUUGGAGAUGGCAGUUUUGGCCUUGGAUCCCAACUCUACAAAUCACGGAACCUCUUUGAGAUUAACUAUAUUUCUCUCUAAAAUGAGGGGGUUGGACUAUCUAGAUGAUUCCCUUCUAGCUACAAAUCCUAUAUUGCUGCAAACUGUAAAACAAUUAGAGAUUUUCAGAGGUUAAUACCAUCAGUCUAACUGGUCUGGCCUGAAAUAUUGCCCUUGAUCUAUGUCUUUUUCCAACUUCCUGACUUGAUGUUAGAUUGAUCAUCAGAUAACUUGCUUGGCUUUACCACAAGAAACUAUCUUAGGGGGACCCUAAUGGCAUCAGUGGAAGGCAUUUGGUGCUCCAGAAAUCAAUUGUAGGUCUGUAUCCUUGCUGAUUUACAAUAUAUCAUGUAAGACUAAUGGGUGUUCUACUCUAGCCUUCUCCUCAGUUUGCCUCCCUGUAAAAUGGAGUUCGUAGUGUCUUUUACUUCAAAUGUUUAGAUUUUUAAAGUAUUUUCCACAUUAUACAGUUAGGAAAACUACUCGUUCUAAAAUCAGAGUACCUAGUGGUAACCUACUAGGGCGUAAUCUACUAAUGAUAUAACCUCUGGGAAUCAGCUUCUUCAUCUGUAAAACUGAGGGGUUGGUUGGUUGGUGGGAACUCUAAGAUGCUUCUUAAUGAUACUUCUAUGAUCUUUGUUAUUAGGAGGAAAUGUUUAGUGAUAGGAUUUUUUUGUACUAGAUUUUUAAAAAUAUUUUUUGUUGUUGUUUUAUAACUUUUCUUUGAACGUUUGGCAUCUUAUCUAAGUUUGUGGUUGUGCCAAGUAUGUUAAAAGUUAUUCUUUCUUUUUCAAUUUGCAUUUUCUCUUUGGGAGAGCAGUUCUCAAACUUUUUGGACUCAGGAUUCCCUUUACACUCAAAAAUGAGGAUACCCUGAGAACAUUUGUUUAUGUGAUUAAUGUUUAUUGAUAUUUGCUGGAUUAAAAAUGUUAAUAUGUUCAGAUUAUGAAGUUGAGAUAAAUGAUUUAUGGGAGGAGCAAUGUGAAUAGAGUGCUAGGACUGUGGGUCACGUUUGACCUCAGAAAUCUCCUAACUGUGUGACCCUGAGCAAGUCACCUAACCUAAUCACCUAGCCCUUUAUCGCCCUUCUGUCUUAGAACUGAUUCUUUGUAUUGACAGAAGGUAUUUCUCAGUACCACAUGGCAUUUUAAUAGAAAUAGACAGUAUGUUUAGGACAUAGAAAAUUGCAAACAAAUGUAAAAAAGCAGAAAUAUAAAACACACUCCUUAUAAUCCAUAAUACCUUAAAAAUAGUGGAUAUUUAAGAAUAAAAUCUUAAAUAGUGAGUGGCUCAAAGAACAAGUCAUAGAAACAGAUAAUACUUAUGUGAGACGAAACAACCAGACAACAUACUAAAACUUUUGGAAUGCAGUAAAAUCAAAGCUCAUUUCUUGAAAAGACGCGUAUAAUUGAUCAAACUUAAGCCAACCUGAAUUUAAAGAGAGAGACAAAUCAAAUUAACUAGAUAAAAAAUAAACAGGAUGAAAUCAGAAUAGAGAACUUAAAUUACUUAGGAAAGAACUUCCUGUUCAAUAUGAAUUUCUGUGGAAACUAGAAAGACGUCUGGCAGACAUUAGAUUUAGACCAAUAUCUUAUGCCAUAAUACAUUUAAAAUGAAAUAUAACACAAUGUGUGAAUGCAUAUUUCACAGGGGCAGUCCAUGUCUAUGUCUUAAAUAUGAGAUGGAUAAAGUGAUUCUAAAAUAUAAAUAAAUCAUUUUGAUGACAUGAAAUUGAAAAUCUUUUGCACAAACAUAAUUAAUGUAACUAAUUCAAGAAGGAAAGCAUUCAACUGGAAAAAUAUUUGUCUAAAAUGGCUAUGAUAAAGGUUUGAUAUCCAAGAAGUAUAGACAACUAACAACAGUAUAUAGGACCAAAUACUAUUACCCAAUAGAAAAUUGAUGAAAAGAUAUGAACAAACAGUUCUCCGAAGAACAAUUGCAUCCAUACGAGAGAGGGCUCUAAAUCAGUAGUCACUAUGAGAAAUGCACAUCAAGAUCACUGAAGUUUUAUUCCACACCCAUCAAAUUGCCAGUGAUGACAACGUAUGAGAGAGAAUGAAUGUUGGGUUGUGGAAAGAAAGGUGUAUAAGUGCAUUGUGAGGAGACCUGUGAAUUAGACCAAUUAUUCUGAUAAACAAUUUGGAACUAUGUUAAGAGAGUGCCUAAAAUGUCCCAACUGUGUACCAGAGACUCCACUGCUAGAAUUAUACUCCAGUGAGGUACAAAAAGACAAAGAGAAAGACCUACAUGCAUAGCAACAUUUAUAAUGGUACUUUCUUUUUUAAUAGCAAAGAGCUAGAAUCCAAGUGGAUGUCCAUUAAGUAGGGAAUGGCUAAGUAAAUCCUCCCACAGGAAUGUAAUAAAAUACUACUGUGCUGUAAGAAACGAUGAAUAUAAAUAAUACAGAGAAGCAUGAGAAGACCUAUUUGAAC